GUUCCACAAAGAUCUGGGAGUCAGCGUCUCCCCUUCCUCUGAUUUUUUGUGCUUGCCAGAGAGAAGUGGCACGGGGGAGCCAGAGGAGAGGAAGACGAAGGAAUGGAUGUGGAACGAAACUGGAGAGAGGCAGGGGCGGGGAGGAGGAAGAGCGAGAAAUAAAGAGAGAGAUAGAGAGGCAGCCAAUGCGCAGGGCUGCAUCUUGAAAGAGCAAGUGGAGAGACAGAGCGAGGGAGGGUGAACAUUGGCAGUUGUUCCCAAGCUGAAGAAAAGUGUGCGCGUCGUGCACCGCUGUGAUGCCGUUGGAUCCGAGCAGCUGGCGGGUGUGAGCCAGUUUUGAGAUUCCCAGUGUGCACGUGCGGCCGUUCGCUGGAGGAGGAGGGCGCAUCAGGUUCGUGUCCUUUCUCGCGUGCUGCAUCUGGACCCGGUGCUAGGGAGUGUGGGGGGCACUAGGGCCAGGCGGUCGGCUGGGGGACGACAUGAGCGUUCCGCUCCUGAAGAUUGGCGCGGUGCUCAGCACCAUGGCCAUGGUCACUAACUGGAUGUCCCAGACGUUGCCCUCACUUGUGGGACUCAACGGAACCACCAUCUCCCGCGCAGGCACCUCAGAAAGGAUCGUCAGCGCACUGUACCCGAGCCCGGAGGAGGGCUGGCAGAUCUACAGCUCGGCACAGGACGCAGAUGGGAAAUGCCUUUGCACUGUUGUGGCUCCAGCACAGAACAUGUGUAAUCGAGACCCACGCAGUCGACAGCUCCGUCAACUUAUGGAAAAGGUUCAGAAUAUAACGCAAUCCAUGGAGGUGCUAGAUCUCAGGACGUACAGAGACCUGCAGUAUGUACGAGAUACGGAGAACCUCAUGAAAACAGUGGACGGCAGACUGAAGACGGCCUCGGAAAAUCCACGCACCAUCAACCCCAAGAGCUUUCAGGAGCUGAAGGACAAGGUUUCUCAGCUGCUCCCCCUGCUGCCGGUGCUGGAGCAGUACAAGACGGAUGCGAGAAUGAUCCUGCGGCUGAGGGAGGAGGUGAGGAAUCUGUCCCUGGUGCUCAUGGCCAUUCAGGAGGAAAUGGGAGCCUAUGACUAUGAAGAGCUCAGACAGAGAGUGCUGCUGCUGGAGACUCGCCUUCACUCCUGCAUGCAGAAACUUGGUUGUGGAAAGCUAACAGGCGUCAGUAACCCCAUCACUGUCCGCGCCUCAGGGUCAAGGUUCGGCUCCUGGAUGACUGACACAAUGAUCCCCAGCUCUGAUAAUAGGGUAUGGUCAAUGGACGGUUACUUCAAGGGUCGUCGGGUUCUGGAGUACCGCACGAUGAAUGACUUCAUGAAGGGCCAGAACUUCGUGCAGCAUCUCCUGCCCCACCCAUGGGCCGGCACAGGUCACGUGGUCUACAACGGCUCGCUCUACUACAACAAAUACCAGAGUAACAUCCUCAUCAAAUAUCACUUCAGAUCGCGAAGCGUCCUGGUGCAGCGCAGCCUCAGCGGCGCAGGCUACAACAACACCUUCCCCUAUUCCUGGGGCGGAUCGUCCGACAUCGACCUCAUGGCCGACGAGAACGGCCUGUGGGCCGUCUACACCACCAUUCCCAACGCGGGCAACAUCGUCAUCAGCCGUCUGGAGCCGCAGAGCCUGGAAGUGCUACAGACGUGGGACACGGGCUUUCCCAAACGCAGUGCCGGCGAGUCGUUCAUGAUCUGCGGCACGCUCUACGUCACCAACUCCCACCUCGCUGGUGCCAAGAUCUACUUUGCGUAUUACACCAACACCUCAACCUACGAGUACACGGACAUUCCCUUCCAUAACCAAUACUCCCACAUCUCCAUGAUGGACUACAACCCCCGGGAAAGAGUGCUGUACACUUGGAACAACGGACAUCAAGUCCUCUACAACGUCACGUUGUUCCAGGUCAUCAAAACCGCAGAGGACUAGGUUGCGCGGACCUCGAAAAUGCAUCUGCUCACACACAAACGAACACACACACACAAAAGCCCACACACACACACAAGUGGAGGAGGACGUGACUAAAGCUUAGACUUUUUUACUGCAUUCCAAAAUUCAUAGAGUGCUAUUAUUAAUCUAAAUUGGUACAGCUAUGUGGACCGAGCCUUCAUUUUCUUUCCUGUGAUGAUUCAGCAUGAGUACUUUGUUUUUAUUUGUGGAAAAAAAGAAGUAAAUAAACAUCUAACUUUACCUUU